GGGUGGAUGAGGGCCGCGUGCGUGGUGUAGUUCUAAAGCCCGAGGCUGAUGGCUUGCUUGUUGAAUUUGAGCUGAGGCGCCCGGCGUCGCUGACGGAGCAGGAUGGUACAGCGGCGAUGGAUGUAUGCAAAUACAAGGCUGUUUGGGCAGUGUAUCAGGAGGUGCUUCUUGGCAUGGAGGAGAAGGUCGUGACCACGCACAAGCUUGGGUUCGAGGGCGAGGACUGGGACUACGUGCUGGAGCGGCGGGACGCGGAGGUGAAGGAGGCGGCGGCCAUCGAGACGGCGCGGGCGCUCGGAGUGGGGCGCGAGGACGUGGUGGAGGUAGGCUUGACGUUGUGCCGCAGAGCCUCGUCGUGUUCGUCACGGUACGUCACUCGUCAAAGCUGA